GUUUUUGUGUAUCCCGUUUUAGGCUUUCUGGGAAUAGCAGGAAAUGUCGUCACCGGGGUAAUCCUAAGACGCAGCGGACUGGAGAAGCCCACGAACAUCCUGCUGCUGGCACUGGCGAUUUCCAGCAUCAGCUGCUUACUGCCCACCAUCGAUAUCUUCUCUUUGCUGCGGCAGUUCAACAAGAUGAUACCGCAAAGGUAUUACAUCGCGUGGGAAUACGAGCCGGGGAAAUCUCGGUUCGCGUAUUUCUGCUUCCACGCGACGACUUUCAUUUUCUUUCAAAGCCGGUACGGAAAUCAAGUCACGUCGUCAAUCUGCGUGCUAAUUACCCUGGAGAGACUUGUUGUCAUAUUUUUUCCAAUGAGAAUUAAAAGCAUCAUCACGCUGAAGAGGACUUUAGCCGUGGUUAUAUUCGUGCACCUGCUCUGGCUGCCACAUCUCGUAUUGAGCAUAAGAGCUUGCAAAGCUCGAGUAAUCUAUUUCGACGACGUGGACACAUACGGACUGCUGCUGUCCUUUGAAGACAACGAUCUUUUGAAUAACAUUGAACUGGUCGCCGAUUGGCUGUGCGGAAUCAUUCCCGUCACUGUUAUCGUCCUCGGCACGGUCACGAUGAGCGUGAAGCUGAGGUUCAUCCUCAAGAAAAGGAGACGCCUGACUUCGUCUCUGAGGGGGACCCACUCCCUGCGGCUCUCCAAAACGUUGAUUGUCCUGUGUGUUCUGUUCUGCCUCUGUCACACGAACGAGUUCAUUUUCCUGUUUAAAACGUUCUACAAGAAUGAAAACCGUCUCAUGGGGGAGAUAAUAAUCAUGUUUUCUUUCGUGGACAGCGCUAGUCACUUUCUUGUGUACAUCUUCUUAAAUAAAAACUUCAGGUCAGUU